AUGUAUGUUGCUCGAUCUGCCACCCGGGCAGCGCCCGCUGUCUUCAGGGCAGGCAUGAGGACUGCUGGACGACCGUACCACCGCCCUAUGCCCAAGAAUGUGUCCGCCAUCGCCAUUCUCUUGCCAUACCGCAGCUUCCAGACCGAGACAUCGCAGACCAGCACACAUGGCACCUACCCUCCACCAGGCUUCAACGCCAACCAGUCGAGCAACCCAAUCCCCCAGAAGGAGCAGGACGCCAUCCAACAGAAAUCCGCCACACCUCUCGAGAAAGACACAAUUGUCCCCAAGACCGGGCCUACCGCCAUCCCGAAGACUGUUGCCCAGGAUGCGCAGACCAUGACCGAGCUCGCCUCGGAGAAGGCAAACGCAGACACCAAUGCUGAGAAGAAGGCGAUUGCAAAGAAGGAAGAAGCCAAGAAGAAGCUCACAAUCUGGGAGAAGGUCAAGCACGAGGCGGCCCACUACUGGGACGGUACCAAGCUUCUCGGAUUCGAGAUCAAGAUCAGCUCAAAACUGGCCCUCAAGAUGGCUGCUGGCUACGAGCUCACAAGGCGUGAGCGACGUCAGCUGCAACGUACCGUGCAGGAUCUGGGUCGUCUGAUUCCCUUUCUGCCCUUCGUCAUCGUCCCCUUCGCUGAGCUGCUGCUUCCCGUUGCCCUGAAGCUGUUUCCCAACAUGCUUCCCAGCACAUACGAGGGCCAGUCUUCGAAAGACGCCAAGGCCAAGCACCUGCGGUCGACAAGAAAGGAAGUCAGCGAGUUCCUGCGCACAACUCUGAAGGAGACUGGUCUGCCCAUCUCUGUCGAGAGCGCGCAGCGGGCCGAGUUUGCUGAGUUCUUCCGCAAGGUCCGCACUACUGGCGAGAAGCCCACGUCGGCAGAGAUUGUCAAGGUCUGCAAGAUCUUCAAGGAUGAUCUCACCCUCGACAACCUGUCUCGCCCACAGCUCGUCUCGAUCUGCCGCUACAUGAACAUUACUUCGUUUGGCACAGACAACUUCCUCCGCUACCAGGUCCGCGUCCGUAUGAGGCAGAUCAAGCGUGACGACAGGGCGAUUGCCUACGAAGGCGUAGACUCGCUCUCUGUCCCAGAGCUCCAGACCGCCUGCGCAAGCCGUGGUCUCCGCACAUACGGUGUCUCUCCUGGUCGUCUCCGGGAUGACCUUCAGACCUGGCUCGACCUCCGUCUCAAGCACGGUGUUCCCUCGACGAUCCUCGUUCUCUCCAACGCAUUCGUCUACGUUCAGGGUAAAGAGGCAGACGCCACAUCGCAGAUUGACGCCCUCGAGGCUGUCCUCUCCAGUGUCCCCGAAGAGCUGUACCACGAGAUUGAGCUCGAGGUCAACAGCACCGAGGGCGCCGCGACCAACAAGCAGCGUCUGGAAGUGCUCAAGGAGCAGCAAGAGCUCAUCGAGGAGGAGACUGCACAGGCACAGUCUCUCGAGAACAAGGCCAACGCUUCUCCCAAGGACCACGAAGACAUUGACGAAGACGACAAGCCCAAGAAGGUCGAUGCCAAGGCCGCAGAGGAGAGCACAGAGGCCGAAGCCAGCAGCGGCGAUUCGAACGCGACUGAGGGCAGCGCCGAGCGCGCCGAGCAAGAUCAGCGCGCACGCAAGGACGAGAUGCCCGCCGUCAACGAGGAGAAGGCUGCUGAGCCCAAGAAGGCGUAG